AUGGAGGAGAACGCCGUUAAGGUCUUCCGCGCCACAUUCGAGUCGGGCAGCGUUUUUACAGUGUCGGGUAUGAAAAAACUAAUCAGUGUGGGAUUCAACCUAAACAGUACAAUCCACCAGGAAACAGGAUGGAGCAUCUUACACUACGCGGUGAAAUCAACCGAUUUCCAAUUUGUUAAAUUUCUACUGAGUGUUAACGCGGAUCCAAACAAUACAGACAAAAAAGGACGGACGCCUUUGCAUUAUUCCGUCUCCAAAAACUUACCCGCCUAUGUGAAACUUCUGAUUAAGCACGGUGCCGACCCGAACCGCGAGUGCAACGAACAUCUUACACCAACAGCACUCGCCGUCGCCGAAGACAAUUCAGAGAUGCUGACACUCCUAAUAUCCCUCGGAGCCGACCCCGACCGUAUCGUAGAGUUGGAUGGCCAGCAGGUGACACCUCUGCAGCUCGCAGUGAAUUUGUACAAUUUUAAAAUCGUACGGCUGUUGUUGGAGAAUGGUGCGGAUCCAGACAAAAGUGUCCCCGCGACGGGAGAAACAGCGUUACACGUCGCCGUACGCGUCCGUCCACUCGAGAGAAGAAAGCUGAUAGCUCUGCAAUCCAUGUUGUACACAUUGAUUGCGCGCGGCGCCUCACUCGAGACGACACGAAACGAUAGUCUUACCCCAUUACAGGUGGCCAUAUUGUAUAGGAGAUAUGAUGCGGCAGAGAUUUUAAUCAUCGGCGGAUCAAGACUGAACGGUACAAUCGAAGGAGGUGAAUUUCGGGGGCGUGCGCCAUUUCAUUUAGCUGCAACGUCGCUGGACGUCGAUUUGAUCGAUCUCUGUUUGAAGUAUGGAGCCGACAUGAAAGUGCGUGACAGCUACGGGAUAGACCCUCCGGCCAGUGUUUUGACGGCCGCGAUAUACGAAUUUGAAGAAAAAGGAGUGGGCAAUUCCGAAGUCGUGGUGGAAAUUUUAAAAAUGUUCACGAGGUGCAACUAUCCAGUCGAUGUCAUACAGGAAUUUUGGGAGUAUGUUAAAAUAUUUACAUUUAAAAAAAAAUCUACAGUUGUCUUUGAAAUGUUGGAUUCUGUACUAAAGACGCAAAAUGACUUUAAUGAAAUUGAUGCACCUGGAUGUAAGGGGUAUUGA